AUGGAAGAAAACUCUAAAUCCAGUAGUACACAACCACAAAGAACAAUAUGGAGUAUAGAUGGAAGAGAAUUUGUGGAAGAAGUAAAGAAGGCGAGUUAUAUAGCCGGACCGAUGGUGGCCGUCUCUCUUCUCCAAUAUCUGCUGCAACUUGUCUCGCUCAUUAUGGUUGGACAUCUCGGCCGCCUCCCGUUGGCCACCGUCGCUAUCGCCACGUCCUUAACCAACGUUACCGGUUUCAGCCUUCUCUCUGGAUUGGUGGGGGGCUUGGAAACGCUUUGCGGCCAAGCUUACGGGGCGAAGCAAUACUACAAGCUCGGGAUGUACACAUGGAGUGCCAUGUUAUCACUAGUUAUGGUUUGUGUCCCGGUGUGCGUUUUGUGGAUGUUCAUCGACAAAAUACUACUUAUAAUGAUGAGGCAAGAUCAAGAUAACGUAGUCUCGGUUGAAGCCAAGAAGUACUCGUUGUGGCUCAUCCCGGCGCUCUUUGCCGCUGCACUUUCCAAGCCUCUUGUGAGAUUAUUGCAAACUCAGAGUUUAGUAUUUCCGAUUCUGGCGUGCUCUUUGGUCGUGCUCUUGUGUCAUGUUCCCGCAAGCUGGGCUCUUGUGUUCAAGUGUGGUCUUGGAAGUAGCGGCGCAGCUGUAGCCGUAUGCGUAUCGAGUUGGUUAUACGUAAUCGUGCUCGCGAUUUAUGUCAAAUAUUCUAAGUCUUGUAGAAAUACUCGCUGGAAGUUAUCAGCUGAUGUCUUCUUGGGUAUGAAGCAGUUUCUUAGACUGGGAAUUCCUUCUGCAGCCAUGGUUUGCUUGAAAUGGUGGUGUAUGGAGAUACUUGUGUUGGUGUCUGCUCUUUUACCCAAUCCAACACUUGAGACCUCAGUCUUGUCAAUAUGCCUAACCAUUUCAACAUUACACUUCUCUGUUCCAUAUGGGCUUGGAGUUGCAGCGAGCACUCGAGUUUCAAAUGAGUUAGGGCGGCGAAACCCACAUAGAGCCUUGGUAGCAGUUUGCGCGAAUAUGUUUCUUGUUGUAACAGAAGCUAUUAUUGCAUGCAUUGUGCUCUUUUCUUGCCGCAAAGUCUUAGGUGCUGCCUACACUAACGAUCACAAAGUUGUCAACUACAUAGCUCUCAUGACACCAUUAAUUUGUAUUUCCACGGUAGCAGAUAGUCUGCAGGCAGUAAUUUCUGGAAUAGCUAGAGGCAGCGGGUGGCAACAUGUAGGAGCUUAUGUGAGCUUAGGGGCAUUUUACUUUGUGGGACUCCCUGUUGCUUUAAUAUUAGGGUUUGUUGCUCAUUUUAAGGCAAAAGGAUUUUGGAUUGGAAUUGUAGUUGGCUCAGCAUUGCAAUCUUUACUCCUUUUACUCAUAACAACCUUCACCAACUGGCAAAACAAGCAAGACAUGAAGAAGGGAAAACGUAGAUACUACCCAUACAACAUUAACUGGAACUAUGAAUUGCUUCCUCCAACAUGGGAAGAUCCUUCCGCAGCAAAUGUUGAGGUUGAGGGAGCAUUUGGAGACAAUGACUCAAUUGAUGUUUUCGAGAUUGGUGAUAACCAAGCUAAAAUUGGGCAAGUGUUGAGGCCACUUAGUAUAAAAGCCAUACUUGGUGCACAUGGUGUUUGGGAGAGUGUUGAAAAUGACUACACAGUACCGGAGAAUGAAGGAGCUCUCAAUCAAAAUGAGAGGAAUGAAUUAGAGAAGCUACGCAAGAAAGAUCAAUGUGCUCAUACAAUUAUCCAUCAAGGUUUAGAUGAUGAUAUAUUUAAGAAGAUUGCAAAUGAGACCACCUCGAAGGGAGCUUGGGAGAAGUUUCAAAGAUCCGUCAUGGGAGUUGACAAAGUAAAGAAGGUUCGACUCCAAACCCUAAGGGGAGAACUUGAAACACUUUCGAUGAAAGAAAGUAAAUUGAUCCAAGACUACUUUACAAGAGUCUUGGCAGUGACGAAUCAAAUGAAACGGCUUGGAGAAGUCGUGUCAGAUGUUCGAGUGAUAGAAAAGAUAUUUUGCUCUCUCACAAAGAAUGGUGGUUGCAAUCGAAGAGUCGAAGGACUUGGAGGCCAUGACCAUUGA